UUGGGUUUCCUCGACACGAAACCAUGAUUUCACUAAGAAAACUAUACCGGAAUUUCCUUCAUUUUGAUAUGAAUUCGGACCAGUGCAAGUAUUUGGCAAAGCUUCACAAGCUGGUUGGGUGCAACCUGACGAGCCCACUUGCCAUUCGAAUAUGGAGAGUUUCGUUUGUGCUGUCGAUCUGCCAUGCGUUAUGUUUCUGUUAUAGGCUUUAUAUGGUGAUCGAAAAAGAUUUCGGGUUUCCCUAUAUCGUAUGUGCGUUCAAUGUCAUCGGCGGAUACGUCUCCGGAGCAGUUCGAAUGUCCGGGUUCAUUAAUUCCUACAAUGAUUUCCGCAAAUUUCGACAAUUCAUGGUCAACAGUUCGAUAUUUCAAAGAGAUAGCUGCGAAGCGCAACGCAUUCGCAGAGAGAAUUACCAGAAUAACCAAAAGUUUUCCGUAUUUAUGUUCAUUGCGGGAUUUUCGGCCAUCUUCAUUUGGAAUAUGACAGACUAUCGAGCGACCGAUCAGUACCGAAUUCCUUUCGAACUAGCUUACUUGGAUCCACCGGUUAAGGCAACUGUCGAGACAGUUUUCGGAUUGUAUCUACUACAACUUGCAGCUUACUUUUGGAUUCCUUUCAUUACGACUAGGGUGACAAUGAGGAUACUUCAAGCUGAGCUGAUGGUGGUGAAUAUGGCUUACGAAGGACUGUUUUAUAACGCUAUGAAAAGCAGCAAAUUUUUUUCGACCCUCAUUGCAACUUCAUCAACGUCUAACUUGAAGCACACAGAAAAACAACUAUUCUGGGUGUUCUUGGAGCGAGAGCUACGUACUAUUGUGGCUCAUCAUAAGGAACUGCUGAUCAAUGUAUAUCGAAUUCGCAAAUUAGCGAGUUGGUCGUUCCUAGCUGAAGUAUUUGCCAGCGUGUUGAUAGCAUCGAUUGGUGUCUUCAUGUUCAUGCUUGUCAGGGAAGAAAGUCUAGUGCUGGUCGGGAUUUCUUGUUUGGUUAUGUUGGAGAGCUACUAUAACAGUUCGUUGGUAGAAGACCUGGAAGACACGCACCUGGCCACCAAGGAAGCUCUAUAUCAGCUCGAAUGGCCUUCACUGUUACAGUACGAUCGAAUGUACGUUCGAGAAUACAAAUACGUUCGUAGAACGAUACUAAUCGUGAUGAUGAGAUCUCAGCACAGGCUGAAUUUUCACUGUGGCGGUUUGUUCGAAAUGUCUAUGCAGACAUUCUCGGCUACAGUAAAGACAUGCUACACCAUUCUUACGUUUUUGAUGCGAGUUCAAGGAUUUUAG